AUGGCUUUAAAGAAGGGCAAGGCUGUUAUGAGUUACUUUGUGAACCGUCAAGGGUUGAGAAUAAGAACCUACGCUUGUGAAGUGGAUAAGCCAAAGGGGAAAAUAUUCCUAGUCCACGGGAUAAAAUCACAUUUUUUGGGUGAUUUCGUGGGAUACAACGUUGAUUGGUACCUUAAACAUCUGGGUGAAUCCAAGACCAGUCACGCCUUAGAAUUAGAAAAAUUUGAACGAAACUUAGUAUUUAACAGGAGCUUACAUAGUUCUUCUAAAGUUAAUCUUCCUGUAGAACCAAACGGUACUCAGAAGAAAGAAAAAGGUGAUGAGGAGACUAGCAGAGUUCAUAUGUUUAAUUGUGAUAAUUUGAAUGGUAGAGAUUUGUUCGAGUUAACCCCUCGUUAUAAGUACGAGGGUUCAUUUGUAGAGUACCUUAACAAUUUGGGAUAUUCAACUUACUCCCUGGACCAUCAGUCUCACGGGUUAUCCGAAUCCGCAACUGAGAAACGCUGUUACUUUAACAACUUUGAUGACAUUUGCUAUGACCUGAUCCAGUUCAUAACACUGGUCAAAAAGGGUAAUUUCUUCGACACAAACCAGACUUUUAACGAGGAAGACAUUUUGAAUAAUGGUCCAAAUCCUAACAUCACCACCUCGACACUUUAUACUAAUAAGGACCAAAAUGAUAUGUAUUACCUUUUCGGCUUAUCUAUGGGUGGAAAUGUAGUACUCAGAACCAUGCAACUUUAUAACCUAAAGUACAAAAAUGCCACCAAUAAUCCAAAAGUUAACCUUGUUGAUGCACUCGUUUGUUUUGCAGGCAUGAUCGAUAUUGACUUCCAGUACGCCUCUAUCAAGUUCCUAUUCCCACUACUACGACUCGUUAAUAAAUUUGCACCUAAACUCGGUGUCGGAAAACUCCCAGACUUUGUAGAAACACUCACCAUGUUCAUGAGAUCCCAUGACCCGCAUUAUUACUGUAAGAAACUAUGUUUAAAAAUGGCGUUUAUGAUCUAUGAUGCGACAAAGACUCUGGAUAAAUCGUUUGAUCAGUACCCUAGAGACUUGCCAACAAUGUUUUUACACUGUUCUGACGAUAAAACCUGCGAUGUCAAGGGCCCGAGGUAUCUUAUGAAGACUCAUUUUUCAAACUCAAGUCUGGUUAAAUUUCACGAAAUCGAAGGAGGCGCUCAUGUUAUCACUUCACCACUGUAUACCAGCAUCACAGGGCCUCUAGUCUCUGAAUUCCUACAAAGCCUACACAAAUAA